AUGUCGACCCGCCAGUGGCCCAACAUCCUCAUCACCGGGACGCCCGGCACCGGCAAGACAACCCACGCUGCUCAACUCCUCGAAGCUCUGCAGGCUGCGCCCUCGACGUCGACCGCACCGUGGCAGCAUGUCAACGUUGGAGACUUCGUGAAAGAGAAGCAGUGCCAUUCGGGCUGGAACGAGGAGUGGCAGAGCUGGGAUGUCGACGAGGACAAGCUCCUAGAUGCCCUCGAGGUGGUGCAGCAACCGGGCGCAAAGAUCCUCGACUGGCACACGUGCGACAUGUUCCCCGAACGGUGGAUCGACUUAAUCGUCGUCCUCCGGUGCGACCACUCGCAGCUGUGGAGCCGGUUAGAAAAGCGCGGUUACGCACUCAACAAGAUCCAGGAGAACAACGAGGCGGAGAUCAUGGAGGUCAUUCUGCAGGACGCGCGGGAGUCGUACGCGGAGGAGAUUGUGGUCGAGUUGCGGAGCGAGUCGCCGGAGGAGAUGGAGGAGAAUAUCGGCCGGAUAGUCGCGUGGGUCGAGGCAUGGCGACGGGAUCACGUCGACGGCGAGCCCUAG